GGUGCAUAUUUUCUUCCUCUCCAAACGACCCCCCGAACAAAUAAACACCCCCCAAAACGUACACUAGGGCGGGAGAGAUAGAGUUUCCUUUUAUACAGUGCGUUUACACCUCCCUCCCCCUUCCCCCACCGCCACCAUUCCCGCUCCCACACGCACCAGACACACAUAUGAACACUCUUUUGCCUGCUCUACAAAAGCCCUAAUCUUUGAUCUCUAUUUCACUUUCUUCGAUCUCUCUACAAUCAAAAAGGUUAUAUAGGUUUAAGUUAUAUACACAGAUAGAUAGAAAGAGAAUGGGAUAUAUAGGAGCUCAUGGAGUUGCUGCGCUCCAUAGAUACAAGUACAGUGGAGUGGAUCACUCUUAUGUCGCCAAAUAUGUACUACAACCCUUCUGGAGGCGCUGCGUCAAUUUCUUCCCUCUUUGGAUGCCACCCAAUAUGAUUACCCUUACAGGAUUCAUGCUUGUAGUCAUAUCUGCACUCCUUGGCUAUAUUUAUUCACCUCGUUUGGAUUCGCCUCCACCAAGAUGGGUUCAUAUUGCACAUGGAGUCCUUCUCUUCUUAUAUCAGACUUUUGAUGCCGUUGAUGGAAAGCAAGCAAGACGGACAAAUUCCAGUAGUCCAUUGGGGGAGCUCUUUGAUCAUGGGUGCGAUGCGCUUGCAUGUGCGUUUGAGGCAUUGGCCUUCGGGAGCACUACGAUGUGCGGACGAUAUACAUUUUGGUUUUGGGUGAUAUCAGCUGUUCCAUUCUAUUUGGCAACAUGGGAACAUUAUUUCACCAAUACCCUCAUUCUUCCUGCAGUAAAUGGACCUACAGAGGGUCUCAUGCUAAUAUAUUUGUGCCAUUUCUUUACAGCUACAGUUGGUGCCGAGUGGUGGGCUCAACCAUUUGGAAAGUCCCUUCCCUUUUUGAGUUGGGUUCCAUUUAUCAGUGAAAUCCCGACAAAUGCAGCUGCAUUGUUUUUGAUGAUAAUCUUUGCUGUCAUACCAACAAUCUAUUCCAAUGUAAACAAUGUUUAUAAGGUUGUUCAGGCAAAAAAAGGGAGCAUGCUGCGGGCACUUGCAAUGCUUUACCCGUUUGCUGUGCUUGUGGGAGGAGUCUUGGUUUGGGAUUAUUUGUCUCCAAUUGAUUUAAUAGGGACAUAUCCGCAUAUGGUUAUUGUGGGAACUGGACUUGCAUUUGGAUUUCUUGUGGGAAGGAUGAUUUUGGCUCAUUUGUGUGAUGAACCCAAGGGCUUGAAGACUAAUAUGUGCAUGUCUUUGUUGUAUCUGCCUUUUGCCAUUGCAAAUGCACUCACUGCCAGACUGAAUGAUGGAGUUCCUUUAGUUGAUGAGAGAUGGGUUCUUCUUGGUUACUGUGUAUACACAGCGGCACUUUAUCUGCACUUUGCCACAUCAGUUGUUCACGAAAUCACUUCAGCCCUAGGAAUAUACUGUUUCAGGAUAACAAGGAAAGAAGCUUGACGUGUGCUACCAUUGUAUUCCAGCUGGCAACUCGGGAAAUAUGCCACGACGAUGAGGUUUUGUGGCUGAUAUUUUUGGUUUCACAUUAUUUACAGAAUUUCAUAUGGGUCCAUGGCACAGGGUCCAGCAGUUUAAGUACUCUUGGCUAUUGUAACUUAUUAUAUGACUUUUACUGCGGUAGUUGGUAGUCAUUUGAUAUGUCACUUCUCCCAAAUUUUGUAUGGAUUACAUUACACUAAUGCUACUCCCCCAAGACCCGCACCAGGUGACGAGGCACAUUAUCACCAGUGUCAGAUGUUGAACCGGUCUUUGGUGAUUGAUCUUGGUGGAAGUAGGAUUACUCUGGAUUAUUUCUUACCUUACUGAUGUGUUUGUGUUUGUGUUUGAGUAGGUGCUGGUGUCUGAGAAGAGUAAGCAGGG